ACAGUUGAACACGCAACCGACAAUUUCUCCAACUCCUCUUUCAUUUGCUCUGUGGAUAUAUUAUUGUUAGACUUAGAGUUCGUGAAUUCUGCAUGUUCUUUAGCUUGUAGUAGUUCACCUCGGUCUCACUCUGCGUGAGUCUGAAGGAGGCUAGGCAAUGAGGGCAGUUGUCUUUCUAGCGGCGCUGACAGUGUGCGCUGUAUCCACACCGGUAUAUAGCACAAAUGACGAGAAUUGGACGUUGAAAGAUGAGCAAGACCUUCGGGACGGUUAUGGGCCAGAUCCUGAUGGUGUGCCACUGGACUUCAGAUGUGCGUGGCGAAAACUAGCGUUGGAUUAUGCUCGCCAGCUUCGUCCGGACAGUGUGCCUAAUGUCCAUGAUGCCUUGUUGCUAGGCUCCAUGUGCAAUGUUAGUCUGAGCGAGGCUGACAAAUCAGUGGUACCCGUCUUUCCACCACGCGAAUGGCCAGCCAAGUGGUUCGAACGUGAUGAUGGGGUAACCCAAUACGUGGAUGCUAUGAACGGUGAUGACAGUCACUCGGGUACAACGCCCGACAGCCCCAAGAAAACCAUCCAUGCUGCUCUGGCUGCCACACGUCAGGCGGGCCCAGGCUCAAAAAUAGUUCUGCGCAAGGGGACGUUCCAUUUGUCGACCCCCCUGGAACUGACGCCAGCAGACAGUACAUUGAUCAUUAGCAAUUACCCGGGUGAGGAGGUCUGGGUUAGUGGUGCUCACCCUCUCAAUAACCUGCAGUGGAAGUCACAUGACGUGACCAAGGGCAUGAAUGUAUAUGUAGCGGAUGUAGCGGACGCAGAGGGCAUUGCUUUCACCGGACUCAGAGUCAACGGAAGACGUGUGACGAGAGCCAGGCGACCCAACUCCGACCCGGAGCGGGACUUUUUCCCGAAAGGCUGGUUCGACACCAGCACAGCAACAAAGUGGCUACCCGCGCAUGAGUACGGCCCAGCCAGGGAAGUACAACUUGGACCAGUACGUAACAUAACAGGAAUGUUUGAGAUGUACGGUGUUGGUAUUGGUGGACCAUGCUCCCAGUUCUCACCUCCUGUUAGCUACUGGUGUCAGAAAAGUCCACCUGGUGGUGGAGGCUUCCAGUACUACGUACCAUCGGGUGUGACAUUCAACGGCAAGGAGGUAUUCAGCGAGGCAUACGGCCCAGUUCACGGAGCCUGGAAGAAUGUGACCGGUGCCGUGGCGCAUGUGUGGCGUAAGUCCCACUGGUCCAGUUGGAUGUUUGCUGUGGACGCGUACUCUCCACUCCGUGACACACUCCACUGGACAUGGGGUGGUUUUCAGGGUUCGCGCGGUGGACCGGGCAGUGAUUGGUUCAUUGAGAACGUCUUCCAGGAACUGGACGCACCGGGGGAAUGGUUCUUUAACCGUGACACCAGUCAACUGUUCUAUUUCCACAACGCAAGCAGUGGCACAGCACCACCAGCUGACCUACAAGUGGAAGCUACCAAUCUGCAGGUUCUGAUCAAUAUCACCGGAACACAGGCCAACCCAGUCAAGAAUGUCACCAUCUCUGGCAUUGGCUUUCGUGACGCAGCCUACACAUACCUGUCACCACACGGAGUACCCAGCGGAGGUGAUUGGGGUCUGGAGCGACUUGGUGCUCUGUUCUUUCAAGGCACUGAGAACUGUGUUGUGAACAGCAGUAUCCUGCACCGCAUGGAUGGUAAUGGUAUCAUGCUUAGUGGCUAUAACCAACACACCGUUCUAUCAAACAACAACUUUUCUUGGACCGGCAGUACAGCCAUGGCUGCAUGGGGAAUCACAGAUGAGAUCAGUGACGAGGGUAAGCAUGGCAACGAUGGCACCGAUGGGAAUUUCCCUCGCUACACCAUGAUCUUGAACAACGUCGUGCGUGAAACUGGAAUCUGGGAGAAGCAGUCGUCUGGCUGGUUCCAAGCCAAGUCUGCACAGUCUGUCCUGCGUGGUAACAUCAUUUACAAUCUAGCGAGAGCAGCUGUCAAUAUUAAUGAUGGAUUUGGAGGUGGAAAUGACAUCACGGAGAAUCUCAUCUUCAACACAUGUCGUGAGAGCAGUGACCAUGGUCCUAUCAACAGCUGGGACAGACAACCUUUCCUUACUACAGUCAACGGCGGAACAGCUGGAGUUAUCCCGCUGGUCAAUGAGAUCCACAACAACUUCCUUGUGUCGAAUUACGGAGGCACCAAGGGUGGCGUGGACAACGACGACGGAAGCAUUCUGUACGCAAACCAUGACAAUUUUGAAAUCUACGGCUGGGGCCAGAAGAACGGUAUCGGAUGUGGUGACCACCGCUCCUAUAACAAUGUGCAUCUGUAUCUUAGCACUGGCUAUCGCGGACACACAAACUUCUUUGGACAUGAAAAGUACGCUGAUCAGAUAUACAAUGAGACAUGGCUGUUUGGCACCGGUACUGCUGACUAUAUACAGUUAGGUUCGGGAUGCCAAGACUCUGCGACUUUCCGGCCACCCGACUGCCAUGAUAACACAAUCUACGAUGCCACUGCUAACCAGCCAAUCGUGGCGUGCGGCAAGCAAAAGAUGACCGUUUCUGAGUGGCAGGAUAAAACCGGCCUCGACAAGGGAACCACUGUCAGUUAGCAGUUGCCCAGCAACGAAGAGUUGAUGAACAUGGGACGCAGGUUGCUGGACAUGACUCCUGAAUGACCAGCCCAGUUUCUUGGAUGGAGAGCUAGUCUGAGCUGGCAUACCUGCAUGGAGAAGCUUGUUCCUGCCCAGCUUUUGACUCGGUUACGUUGAACUGCAUUGAAGCUUGCGUCUGUUCAGUUGUGAGAUCUUAACGUUCUUGGGCCCGCGACUCUACCUCGUGUUUCCAGGGGGUUAGCCUGGGACGUUCUUAUUGUUCAGCAAUCUGGCUUCGUUCUUAUUACACGCUCUUAGAAACCAUUCGUACGGGAUCAUAUGUAUGUUUGCAAAAUUCUGCCAGAAAACCAACACCGCAGUUCUUUAGGCUGUGGCAUUCUUAGCAUUUCAGGCUGGACGUUCUUGGGCUCGAGGCGCGCGGCUCUGCUUUAUUCAUUUCUUCGUUCGACAAUGCACCAGCACUUGAACGAAAAAUUUGUCGUCGCCCCGGUGCACUGGUAUAGCGAGACCAGCUGUACCAGCUGCAUGUCCGCUACAUGCUUGUCGCAGACACGAGUAGAGCGAG